AUGCCAGAAAUAUGUAAAGCUGCUGGAAUUCCAAUAUACUGGAAGAAACCCGUUUUUGAUUCGUGUGCUCGUAAUCAACAAGAAACAAUAAGUUUAGCAGAUUUCUCGGUCUGGUGGAAUAGAAUGACAUCAACAGCACAUGAUGAAGCAUCUCGAUUCAUUUUUUCGUUGGCUGGCCCUAAUCGAAACUAUUUAAUUAAGGAAGAUUUCACAUCGAUGCUUCAGGAUCUUAUUGAUAGCUUCCCAGGCUUACAUUUCCUUCGAGAAGCACAAGAGUUUCAUUCACGAUAUGUCGAAACGGUAGUAGUUCGCAUAUUUUGGUCAGUGAAUCGAUCAUGGACGGGUAGAAUUACCGCAAAUGAAUUGAGGAGAUCCAAUUUUCUCCAGACCGUUCGUAAAUUAGAAACUACAGAUGAUAUAAACACGGUGACUGAUUACUUUAGUUACGAACAUUUCUACGUUAUUUAUUGUAAAUUUUAUGAACUUGAUAAGGAUCAUGACUUGAUUAUCAAUAAGAUUGAUAUAUCACAUCAUGCUAAUGGAGCUUUACCAUCGCCUAUAAUUGAUAGGAUAUUUAGUGGAGCUGUAACACGAUCGUCAUUCGGUCGUAGGAUACGUACUGCGAUUGAUACUAUAACUUACACAGAUUUUGUUGCAUUUUUACUUGCUGAAGAGGAUAAAAAGCAUCCUACAAGUAUUGAAUAUUGGUUUCGUUGCCUCGAUCUUGAUGGAGAUGGCUUAAUAUCGCUCUAUGAAAUGGAAUAUUUUUAUAAUGGUGUUAAGAGCAAAAUGGAUCAGCAUCACAUUGAUUCGAUGCGAUUCGACGAUGUUGUCUGCAAUCUUUUGGAUCUAAUUCAACCACGUUCACCAAAUGCUAUUGCUCUUUCUGAUUUGAAGCGAUGCUCGCUUUGUACGAGAUUUUUUAAUACUUUCGUAAACUGGGUGAAAUAUUAUGAGCAAGAAUCAAGCGAAGGUGAACGCGCAACUGUGACGGAUGGUGAUGAAGAGUUAAAUGAUUGGGAUCGUUAUUGCUUAGAAGAGUAUGAAGCACUUAUGGCCGAUGAUCAAGAAGAGGAGCCAGAGGAUAUAAAUUUAAAUCUUGAUGAUGAUGAUGAUUUAACGAAUGGAACGAACGUUAGUACCACUGUAAAUAUGACAUUACGCGAUUUUGAUACAAAACGAUCAAUGCCAAUCCUUGAAGCACUUUAA